AUGACCCUGCUUGAAAAGCAACCGCUUCCACCGCUUGGGGCCCCGGUACCCUCAACUUGGCCAGCGAAAGCGGUGCUUGUUUUUGCGGCUUUGCUCUCCAUCGGCAUCCUUAACACCUCAACUCGGGUGGAGCGCCGACAUACACCGCUUAUUGGCACCGUGACGUGGAGUCUGCAAUGUGAGCGCCCGGGACAGGAAUGCGGGCAGAUUGUCGUGCCCAAGGAUUACCUCAAUCCCUCCUCUGGAAGCGCCACCAUUUUCAUCUCCCGCGUCCGUGCGACUCAGACAAAGAAAGGAACAGUAUUCGUCAACCCCGGUGGACCGGGUGUGCCAGGGACAUGGGGCGCCUCACCUGGAUUGGCACAGUAUCUUGCUAACGAGUGGGAUAUCGUUGGAUUUGACCCCCGAGGAAUACAUCGCACGAUCCCCCAAGUAAAAUGCUUCCCUAAUUCGUCUUAUGCACUCUUCAAAGCCAACACUGUGCUUGAGCAAAGUUUCACCUUGCCAUUCUCCUCGAAAGACGGCUCUGCCGAUCCUACGGCGGAGAUCGAGGUGGCGCUCGAGCGGCAGAUGCGUGAGUUCGUCGCACUGAAGAAGGCUGAAGCAGCGAUGUGCGCGGAAAAUGUCGGCGAGGACUUGAAGUACAUGGGCACAACAACAGUGGUAAGGGACCUCGCUUUCAUGGCGGACGUGUUGGAUGGGGAAGGCUCGAAGAUAAAUCUGUUCACCGGGUCCUAUGGCUCAAUCAUUGGCGCAUAUCUCGUUAACAUGCUUCCGGAUCGCGCUGGUCGUGUGGUCAUUGACGGCAUCGUGGAUCCCAUGAGUUGGUCGUCGGAGCCCGCACACAAAUGGCCAGCCAACUGGCUGGCCUCGACCGAAAAGACGUACCGAUUCUUCUUGGAAAUGUGCGCUGCCGCAGGUCCACUAGGGUGCCCAAUUGCUCAACACACAUCGGACACACCUGUGGUCCUCGAAGAAAGACUCGAGGAAUUCUUCGACAGUCUGGCGCGCGCGCCGAUGCCGGUAAUCGGGUUGGGGAAGGCAAGAGCGGGGUAUUUGACCUCUGGCGCUGCAAGGGCACUGGUAUUGAUGUACCUUGAGCAGCCCACCCAAUGGUCUUCAGCCGCACAUGCGAUCGGCAGCGCCAUCGCUGGCAACGGUACUCUGUUACACAACUUCUUAGUGGCGCCGCGCCACUCUAACUCGCCAUACCACGACCUCGCGCGGUCGGGCGUCACAUGUGCCGACCAGCCAGCGGCUGAUUCACAUAAUUUGCCUACUUCCGGCUAA